AUGACUUUAUUUUUUUAUAUUUAUUUUAUUUUGCAAUUAUUUUUAAUUUCUCAAGCUUUUCAUUUAAAUAUUAAAAAUCAAAUAAAUACACCAUUUUCUGAAGUAACAUCACAUAGUGAGCCAACAAAUCAUAGAAUUAAUGAACCUCCAGGUUAUGAGCCGGAUAUUCCAGAGGUAGAAGAUGGUGAAAUAAUGAUGAAUAAUUAUACUAGAGAAAAAAGGAGUCCAUAUUAUGGUUAUGGUGGAUAUAAUAAUUGGCGUAGUCCAUCAUUAAUAGCUUCAAUUUCUCCAGAUUAUCACAAACAAAUAUGGAUAACUAAUGAACAUAAUAGAUAUAGAAGAAUGGUUCCAGCAAAAAAUAUGAGAAUGGUUUAUUGGUCAAAUGAAUUGGCAAGAAGUGCCCAAUCACAUGCUGAUACUUCCCCUUAUUAUGAUUAUUCUGAUGCAAUUCAACGUUGGUAUAUUGAAAUAAAUAAUCCUUGGUGUGCUUGUUCUACAGGAUAUAAACAUUGUUGUGGGCAUUAUAUACAAAUGGUUUGGGCCGAAACAAAUUUAAUUGGUUGUGGUUAUGCACAAUGUAAUGGAAUUAAUGGGGUUGGUGCUUACGCUAGAGCUGUUUUUGUUUGUCACUAUAAUCCACAAGGGAAUAGAGUAAUGCCUUUAAAUAAUGGUGGUCUUUAUUCGUAUCCAGCAUAUGUUUAUGCAGCAAGAGAAUCAGAACGUUGUAGUGAAUGUCCAGAAGAUCAACCUUCUUGUUAUGACGGUCUCUGUUAUAUGCCUUUAAAUUAUAGAAGAAUAACAACAACAACAACAGAAAGACCAAAAACAACAUCGACAACAACAGAAUUAACAACAAGAAGGAAAACAAAUAAUUGGUAUAAUAAACAACAAAUAACAACAACAACAACAUUAAAAACACCAAUUAGAACAACAACAUAUAAAUAUCCAAAUUAUUAUUAUGAUAAACAACGAACAUUAGAGCCAAGAAUAUAUCCAAGUUGGGAAGCUUAUUAUAAAGAAAAAGCUUUGGAAAAACAAUUACAAGGAAAUAAAGUGGAUAACAGAAAAAGAAAAACAUAA